AUGGCACUGAGCGCAUCGGAACAGUACUAUGUCCAGCGCCGGACAAUGAUCAAGGACUAUUGUCCGGGCAUGUUAGAUCCGAUGACCGGUGGAGUGGUUCAGUUUGGCGAAUCUAUGGACGUGAGUGCAGAACGUGAAGCUGAAGAGGAGAUGGGGGUCAAGGACACGCCGCUGCGGUACUUGACGACGUUUUACUAUGGAGACGACCACAGCCGAGUGUGGGGUGGCCUCUUUGACUGCACGUUUGAUGGACAGUUGGUUCUGCAGAAAGAAGAGGUGGACGAGGCCCUCGCAAUGUCAGCAGACGAGAUACUGGCACGGCGCGCAGAGUUCACACCAGAUGGCAUCUUUGCCUUUGAAAAGUAUCUGACGAUCGUUGACGGGGCGUAG